GAUCAAACACACAUUCAUUCAAUUCAUAAAUAAAAGGUCUACACUCCUUUAGAGGAGGAUGAGUUAAGCAAUGAAAGAGCUGAUUUUGCCACCAAAUCAGCCAUCACAUUGCUUAAACGAGGUACAAAAGCAAAAGAAACAGAGCCAAUAACAGAGCUAAAGUGAUAGACAUCGAACAAGAUACCAAACAAUGCUGGAUACGAUCCUCCUUCCUUAAGUAGCUUAACCAAGGACUGAGAGUCGGACAGGAUCAUCAAGGAUCGAAUAUUCGAAGAGGCAGCAUACAUAACCGCCGAACGGAUGGCGAGGGCUUCAGCCAUUAACGCCGAUACAACAAAGCUGCGAGACUCGCAGAUAGGAUCAGGUUUCGAGCUCGGGCUCCAACCUGAGAAGAUGACACCAAUACCGCAGUUUCUAGUAUGGACAUCCCAUGCUGCAUCCACGUUGCAGAUAACAGUAUCAACUUUCUCUACUUAAGUUUCCAUUGGCCCAUCAGCAACUUUUAGAUCUUUUCGAAAAGUUAAUGUACUAUGUAACUUGAAAUGGACAUCCAAUCUACUCCAAGAGGACAAGUACAGUAGUAUGAGUUGAACUAAACAAAUAUAGCAAUUUCUCUUUUUGUCAAAUAUAAUUGUUUAAUAACCCCAAAAAGAUAAUGGUUUUGAUUUUGUGUAGUUUUAAAAUAAAAGAGGAUCAAACUCAGGGAGCCAUAUCUCACGCUUCUCUUCAAAGUAAUCAAACAUAUCGAAUUUUCCCCCUAUAAAAAUACACACACACUGUCACACUCAUAUACACAACAAUCUUCUUCCUCACUUCAUCAUCUCUAAUGGCUUCUUCUCGGAUCAUCUUCUCAGCUCUUCUUCUCUUCAUCUUCUCAAUCUCAUCAUCACCAACAAGCUCAUUUGCUAAACAAUCUUCCCGACCAAAUGCUCUCGUCCUCCCCAUAACAAAAGACAAAACUACCCUCCAAUACACGAUCGUCAUCAACACCGGCACGUCUCGAGACAAACCAGGCACACCUCUAGUGGCCGCCUCCCUUGUAUUGGACCUGGGUGGUCGACAUCUCUGGGUCGAAACCGACACAUACUACUGGUCCACUUCAUUCCAAACCAGCCACUGCAACUCCCCAAUGUGCUACCGCGCCGGAUCCCAUGGAUGUAGCCGUUGCUUCUCUGAUUACAGACCUGGCUGUAACGCAGACCCUUGCACCCUAACAUUCAAAAACCCCGUCAACGGAAUGGUUGAUACGGGAGACAUUGCUUCAGAAGCUGUUUUUAUUCAGUCCACUAACGGUUCCAAUCCGGGUCGGGUGAAAAUCCCCAGUUUGAUUCUCUCUUUGGGAACAAUGGAUCUCCUUAAGGGACUUGCUAAUGGAACCGUCGGUAUGGCUGGAAUGGGACGCCACCCCGUCAUCGGACUACCGUCGCAAUUCGCCAAGGCCUUUGGUUUCAACCGCAAAUUCGCAGUGUGUCUUCCUUCUUCUUCUUCUGGAGGAGGAAGAGGCGUCGCCUUCUUCGGUAACGGACCUUACGUGUUCCUCCCGGGGAUCGAGAUCUCCCAGCUCACCACCACGCCGUUGCUCCUCAAUCCAGUGCUCGUUGCGGACCCCAUCAUUUAUUCUCCGUUUGUAUACGGCGAGAAAUCACCUGAGUAUUACAUCGGCGUAACGGCGAUCAAAAUCGCCGAGAAAACAGUUCCGAUCAACACGGAGCUCUUGAAGAUCAACGGAACCACCGGAUUGGGAGGAACCAAACUCAGCACGGUGAACCCCUACACUGUGUUGGAGACAUCUAUUUUCAAGGCCGUCACGUCGGCGUUCCUCAGAGAAGCCACCGCGAGGAACAUCACUCGAGUUUCAUCGGUGAAGCCUUUUGGCGCGUGUUUCAGCUCUAAGAACGUGGUUGUCACGCGCCUUGGAUAUGCUGUGCCAGAGAUCCAGCUUGUGCUGCAGAGCAAGGACGUCGUGUGGAGAAUCCUCGGAGCUAACUCCAUGGUGAGCGUCAGCCGUGACGUCAUCUGUUUGGGUUUUGUUGACGGAGGAGAGUAUGCGGAAACCUCCAUCGUCCUCGGAGGGUUACAGCUGGAAGACAAUUUGAUCGAAAUUGACUUGGCAAGCAACACAUUAGGCUUUAGUUCGACGCUAUUGGGCCGUCAAACCACUUGUGCCAACUUCAACUUCAUUUCCACUGCAUCAUGAUUUUACUUCUCUUUCAAAGAGAACCUCUGCUACGAUCGGAUGGAAGAUCAUUUGGUCAAAUAUUUGGCUAUGAUACGUUUGAGCUGAUUUAUAGUAUUAAUCACCUUAUGAUAAUCAUUUUAUUUGUAUAAUGUACUCGUUUUCUGUUAUUUCGAGUCUUCAAUUUAAUAAAAAACUUUUAAUA